AGGAAGUCCCUCCCCCUCCCACAAACUCUCUUCUGAGGAAACGAAACCGAUCUCAGUCUCUGUGUCGUCUGUCUGUGUGAGAGUGAACAACCGUCCAAAUGGCUCAACAGGGAGUUCUGCUGGACCAGGACCAGUUCUGUUGUUCUGUCUGUCUGGAUCUACUGAAGGAGCCGGUCACUAUUCCCUGUGGACACAGUUACUGUAGAAUCUGUAUUGAGGGCUGCUGGGAUCAGGAUGUUCUGAAAGGGGUCUAUAGCUGUCCUCAGUGCAGAGAGACCUUCACUCCAAGGCCUAAUCUGAGGAAAAAUAACAUGUUGGCUGAUGUGGUGGAGAAACUGAAGGAGACAGGACUCCAGGCUGCUCCCCCUCCUGCUCUGUGCUAUGCUGGACCUGGAGAUGUGGCGUGUGAUUUCUGCACUGGGACCAGAAAGCAGAAAGCCCUCAUGUCCUGUCUGGCAUGUCUGGCCUCUUACUGUGAGACUCACCUCCAAUCUCACUAUGAAUCUCCUGCUUUGAAAAAGCACAAGCUGGUCAAAGCCACCGCACAACUACAGGAGAAGAUCUGCUCUCAUCAUGACAAACUGCUGGAGGUUUACUGUCGUACCGAUCAGCAGUGUAUCUGUUAUCUGUGUACAAUGGAUGAACAUAAAGGCCAUGAUACAGUGUCAGCUGCAGCAGAGAGGACUGAGAAACAGAGGCAGCUGGGGAUGAGUCAGCAGAAGGUCCAGCAGAGAUUCCAGGAGAGAGAGAAGGAGCUGAAGGAGCUCCAACAGGCUGUGGAGUCUUUCAAGAGCUCUGCACAGGCAGCAGUGGAGGACAGUGAUCAGAUCUUUACUGAGCUGAUCCGCUCCAUUGAGAGAAGGAGCUCUGAGGUGAAGGAGCUGAUCAGAGCUCAAGAGAAGGCUCAAGUGAGUCAAGCUGAAGGACUCCUGGAGCAACUGAAGCAGGAGAUAGCUGAGCUGAGGAAGAGAAGCACUGAGCUGGAGCAGCUCUCACACACAGAGGAUCACAUCCAUUUCCUCCAGCGCUCUGCACAGGCAGCAGUGGAGGACAGUGAUCAGAUCUUUACUGAGCUGAUCCGCUCCAUUGAGAGAAGGAGCUCUGAGGUGAAGGAGCUGAUCAGAGCCCAAGAGAAGGCUCAAGUGAGUCAAGCUGAAGGACUCCUGGAGCAACUGAAGCAGGAGAUAGCUGAGCUGAGGAAGAGAAGCACUGAGCUGGAGCAGCUCUCACACACAGAGGAUCACAUCCAUUUCCUCCAGGUAACUAAACUGUCUUGUUACAUGUGAUAUGAAAUUAACUUCAUG